CAUUAAAAACAUAAUACGAGGAAAGGAAUACACACGUUUGUGCAUUACACGUCUGCAAAUCAAACAUUUAGUGUUGUUGUGCAGUAUUAUGUCAUUUGUGUUUUGAAAAAUAUGUUCGCAAGGAAAUGGUUUAAAAUAGCCAUUCGCGGCGACCUAGGUUUUUUCAUUGUCAUGCAAAGUGUGGUGUCGAAGACCUAGUUCAUUUGCGCGUUAGUUUGCGUUUGUGAUGAUUUUUCGCGUGUGAAAAAUUGUGGGAAAAAAUAUAGGAAUGUAAUCUUCAACCUUGGAGUCGCCUCGAAACUCGUUUGUUUCGUAAGAUUGAUUGCGUAAAAAAAUCGUGUCAAUUUGAUGUGUUAAAAUUGCUUAAACCAUUUAACUUUCUAGAGUAAAGAUAAUUUACUCUAGAAAGUUGUAUUUAAAACAUUCUGGAAACAUCAGAAUCCAAUCAAUUGUAAUUGAAAACAAAGUGACAAUUUUGUAGAUAGUUUAUAUUUUUAAAUCAUUGUAAAAAUUCACAUUCUGGUGACAUUAUUACAUUAUCCCUCCCACAAGAGAAAUCAAAUCACUUUCAAAAUAGAAAUCUAAAAACAUAUUGUUGAUAGCUUCAACUAGAUUUUUUCUAUCUAUAAAUAUAUGUGUGGGCUGUAUAUGAAAAUGCCUACGCCGACCUUGAUUUUUUUAACAGUGUACAAAAUGCAUUAACACAUGUUGCUAGCAUAAAAGGCUGUUUUGAAUUAUUAAAUUUUAAUAUACCAUAAGCAAAUUAUAUCUCAUGCUCUGUCCAGAAGAAUUAAUGUUGAUAUAACCAUAAGAAUUUUUAAAUUCACAUAAACCUGUAUUCUUUAUAAUCACAACAUUUCUUUAUUAUUCAGACUCUAUUCUAGAUGUUGUUAAUUUUUUUAAUCAAUAUUCUAUUUUACUAUACCAAUAAUUCUUAAUUGAUUUCAAUACAUUGAUCAUAAAAUAAAUUUAGAGGCAUCAGAAUAAUAUAGGUGCAACUCUCAAUUGUUUUACAAAGCUUAGAUUUUAAAUUUUUUUUUUUUAAUAUCGUUUGAAAAUUAAUUAAAUAUUAUGAGCCUAAUGCCGAAAUUUGUCUGUAAUAGUUAUACAAUCUUUUGUCCCUCCGCAACUAAUGUUAAUUGUGACUAGACUGAGCAAGAAAAAUACUGUGUAAAACAGACAUGCAAAUGGUUAUUACUUAUUAGUAAGGUCAUAUGUAUCUGAUAUAGUCAGGAAAUUAUGUUUUUCUGUUUAUUUUUUUAUCAGUUGGAUUUAUUGUAUCCCUGACCCUAGUAUUAAGUUCAAGGUGGUCUCAGAAUUCAGAUUAAUUAUACCAUCUACAACUGAUAAGUACCAUAAUUAGUCUUAAUAUAUUUCUUACACAUAGAUAAUAAAUAAAAAAAUAGAUAAAAAUAAUCUUCAAUGUAUUAAAUACUUAUGAAUAUAGAGGAAAAAAAAUCAAAAUAUAAUUUUGUUCUUCAUAUGCCUAAAAUAAUUUUCACAUCAUUAAACAGAAAUAGAUUUGGCAAACUCUACUUAGCCCUCAAGGGAUAGAGGAAGUAACACAUUUAAAAUAUUCGUUAAUAUAGCAUGUUAAUUGGUAUAAAAUUUUCCUUUAAACAAAUUUAAUUAGCGAUGCAGGAACUAUUUUGAAGUUUACAAUCACCCAGCUUUGGUACAAAUGGUUGAAUGCAAGCAUUCAUUAUCUCUGUCUCUGCCAAAAGGCUUAGAUAAAAUAAUGUUAAUUCCUAUGUAAAUAUGUAUGAUAAAGACAUAACAUUUUGUUUUAAAUCAUUAAUUUCAGGUUCAGUCUUGAUUGUAAUUUUGGUGUACACUUUGUGUUGAAUUAUUAAAUUGAUUGAGAAACAUCCUCAGUUGUUUAUAGGGAGGAGGUCUGAUAUGUGUUAUAUUUGAAUAAGAUGAAGAGUAGCGGGAAAUAAAAAUUCUGUUGUGAAUUGAGUACCUUUUAAAUUGGUCGGAAUAGUAAAUAGUUUUAUUUAAAAUACCUGAGUUGUAAAAGAUGCUUUAUUGUAAAUUUUGAACCCAUUUGUGAUCUUAGUCUACAAGAUAGUGGUGAUAUAAGUAUCUUAUAAAUUAAAUGUGUGUACUCAAACUACAACCUUUAACAGCAGUAAAGUAAUGUGUGUCUCAAAGUGUGAUAAAUGAUCUACAAAUUAUAAAAAUAUGUUGUUGUGAGAGUAGUACCUUUUUGAUAGUGAUGUGAAUAUUGACUACCUACUACCCAGUUUAAUCUAUAGUACCAAGUGCCAAUGUUUUAAAUACACAAUGUGAAGACGCACUCCCCAAAAUAAUAUAUGAUGUGGCUGCGAGAAGUAGUACCUUCUUGGUAGUGACGCGCGUAUUGGGUACCUACUAUCCAUCUGAAAAUCUAGCACUGAGUGGCAAUGUUGUGAAUCCGCAAUGGUUGUAGUUCGAGUGGUUAAAAUGGCGUCGUUCGCGGCGCAGGCGGCACUGCGCUCCCGUUGGAGCUCCCUCAUCGAGUCUACAAGUGUCGACGUGCCAGGGGAGGUGACAGACGGCGUGCGCUCCGUCGUCGGAUGGCUAAAACAGGCGUCGUUGGAGGUGCGUCAGGUGGGCAGGCGGGCCGUGAGCCAGCUGUCAGGCCGCGGCAUGUCCGACGAGGUGGUCAUCGUGCACUACAACGACGUGUACAAUAUUGAACAGACUACCAACACGGAACCUGUGGGCGGUGCGUUAAGGUUCAGCACGGCGGUCAAGUCUCUGCAACAUUUGAACCCACUGGUACUCUUCAGUGGAGAUGUGUUCUCACCAAGCAUGUUGAGUACGUUCACGAAGGGCGAGCAGAUGGUGCCGGUGCUGAACGAGAUCGGGACGCACUGCGCCGUCUUCGGGAAUCAUGACUUUGAUUUCGGCCUGGAGGUGUUGUCUGGUCUGGUGGCGCAGUGCUCGUUCCCGUGGCUCAUGUCCAACGUCAUCGACAACGAGACCGGCCGCCCGCUCGGCGACGGACGCAUCACGCACGCCGUCGUCUGCAACGGACACAGGAUCGGACUCAUCGGACUCGUCGAGCAGGAAUGGCUGGAGACGCUAGCGACGAUAAACCCUGAAGAAGUGACCUUCAUAGACUUCCUACAGGCGGGCACCAAGCUCGCCUCGCAACUGAAACAAGAGGGCUGUGAAUACGUGAUAGCUCUCACUCACAUGCGGACACCGAACGACAUCAAACUAGCGGAGGGAGACACAGAUAUAGACCUCAUACUCGGGGGACAUGACCACGUCUACGAGGUGCUAGAGGUAAACAACAAAUACAUAGUUAAGAGUGGGACGGACUUCCGUCAGUUCUCCAAGAUCAGCAUCAGCUUCGACGAGGGGCUCACAAAGGUGGAGAUCGCUGACAUCCACGUCACCAGCUCCUACGCUGAGGACGAAGUGCUGAAGGCGAAGGUGGAGAAGUAUUCUUCCAUGAUCGAGGGCAAGAUGGACGAGGUUCUGGGCAAGUUCUGCGUGCCGCUCGAGGGGCGGUUCUCCUGCAUCCGCCGCGAGGAGUGCAACCUCGGCAACUGGGUCUGCGACGUACUCCUCGCCGCCACCGGGGCUGACCUGGUGCUGCUCAACUCUGGCACCUUCAGAUCCGACCAGGUCCACGCGGCUGGUGACUUCACACUGCGAGAUCUGUCCACAAUCAUACCGAUGAGGGAUCCGCUCGUGGUGGUGGAGGUGACCGGCGAGGUCAUCCUGCAGGUCCUGGAGAACUCGGUCUGCAAGUACCCCAGUCUGGAGGGCAGGUUCCCUCAGGUGGCGGGGGUGUCGUUCGCGUUCGACCCCAGCAGGCCGGCGGGGGCGCGGGUGGCGGAGCAGGUGGUGAAGGUGGGCGACGAGUACCUGCAGCGCCAGCAGAAGUACCGCCUGUGCGUCAAGCAGUACCUGCACGCCGGCAACGACGGCUUCAACAUGCUGCCCAAGUGUCCUAUACUCAUAUCGGAGGACAUGUGCCCAGAGAUCGGGAUGGCGAUCCAGAACCACUUCGCGGCCAUCAACGUGCGCACGGGCAAGUCCAGACCGUCCAAACACAGGCAGAGCCUCGUCACACUCAGUAGGAGACACAGCCUGGUGAAGAUGUUGGACGGCAGCGAGCUGGACGGCCCGCCGCCGCUCCGCCGCGCCUCCUCCGCCGCCGAGCCCUCCGCACACCCGCCACACCCCGCACACCACAGGUUAACGCGCCGCGCGUCACUGGACGAUCUCGAGCAGCAGUCGUGCGAGCUGGCGCCCAAAGUGGAGAACAGGAUCAUAGUUCUGGAUAAACCAGAGAAACUGCAAGCCCUUCUCGCGGAGCGGGCUCGCUGGGAGUCUGACGCCGUCAUCAAGGAGGUGGAAGACGAGAACUCCCCUUAGAACUCGCUCGUCAGCCCGUUCGGCUGCUUCGUGUGGUACAAACAUUUUAACUAAUUUUAUUCAUUUACUUAGAUUACCUUCAAUAACCAACGUUCAGAGUGAAUCGUCAGUCUUGGCUAUAAAGUGUGGGAGCUGCUAUCAGACUUGCUCUUCUAUUAAAGCAAUAAAGAAAACGAAAUAAUACAAACAUACAGAAUGACCUUCGCUUCAUCAAGUAUGCGUCCUACGUUUGCCUCGAGAUAAUCUGCGUGAUAGGCCGAAAAAUUUGUGAUAGGCCUCUAUUAAAGCGAAGUUAUAAUAUGAACGAGCUUCUAUCAUAAAUCUAUAUAUCCGUCCUAACAGCGUGGAAAUAGGAUUGAGUCUAAGAGAUAUAAAAUCGGCUAUAAUACUACGGCAAUUACGCCAACGAGGCCCUACAUUUGGCCUAAAGCCUCAUUAAAACGUUUCAAUUAUUUCUAGAAAUAAACCUACGCAAUUAUUACAUUAGUUAAGCAGUCUGAACAUGCGCUAUGGCGAGGCAAUUCUACACCGCGUUGACGUAUACGAGUCUUGAGAGAUAUUCAAAAAAAUAUUAGUGUAAAGUACUAAUUGCGUAUAAUUGCUACGUCUGAAUGAGGCUUAAUACUCGAACAGCUCGUGUUUUGAUCGCGAACAAGUCGGACGUAUAUAAACGUCAUAAUAUUAAAGUGAAAUACAAAGUGUAUGUUAUUGGAGGUAAUGUAUGUCAAAUUUCAGUGAUAACAAUUUAGUUUAUGCUUGUAUCUUAAAAAGGACUUGAGUGAUUUAAAAUUUAUGCUUGGUUGUACAGUGUGCUGUCAAAGUUAUGCUAUAUGACAUUCAAAUUGAUAUCUGUAAGAAUAAAUUACAAGGUAUAGCUAAAUGUCUUAGAUUUCCCUCCUUUCAGCAAAGGCCUACAAGGCGAUCAGACCGACCGACAUGAUAAUAUCAAACGUCAAGGUACGUCUUUGAUAUUUUACAUAAAAAAGUAUCAUACGGUACAGUGCAAAUUAAAUAUAAUUUUAAUAAAUAAAUACGUAAGCAUCGAUGGUUAUUAUUAUGUCGGCCUGCAUUGCUUCGGUACCAUGAUCCGUUAAAUUAAUAAUUAUAGUGAUUAAAAUGUUUGAUAUUUUUGAUUACUUUUUAUGACGUAUAAUGACGUUUUUGGAAAUGUUGUUAUUUUACUGCCCAUAAAAGUAUUGCAUCAGUCUUUAACCAUAUUUGUGUGUGUUUUGAGUGAUAUUUUAUAUUCGAAUACUAAACAAUAAGCACAGAAAUAGGGAUUAAGUUAUUUGUAUGAUUUAUUGUUGGUGCAUAGCAAAUUUCACUUUUUAAUCUUUUUAAUACAAUAUUUAUCUGAAUAAUCUUUAGUUGUAGUGUAUACUACGUCUGAUUUAAAUCGGUAUCUUUCUCACGAUGAGAUGCAUAGUCUGACCACGAAAAUAAAAAACUCGUAAUUUUGUGGUAAAAUAUGAAACUCAUUUCUUUUACUGACAAUGUUGACAUUGAAACGAAAAACAAAAUUUGAGUUUCCAAAGCAGGUGUUUUAUUUUUCUGGUCAGGUUAUACCAUAAUAAUAAUUUGAUAUUGAAACAAAUACAACAGCAAUAAAAUACCUGUAUAUUAAGAAUAACAUUACACUUUUUGUUACCAUUUACAAAUAUUAUUUGUAUAUAUUUGCAUUAUUUGUUAACGAGUUUAACUCAUUUGUCAUCUUUUGAAAAUUUACCCACGGCUUCUAAAAAGUCGUGGGUAAAUUUAUUAAAAUUUAAAAAUAAUUAAGUCAAAUCGAAGUCCUAGUAAUAAGUUUUUUGUCAGAUCAGAUUUGGUCUAAGUCGAUAUCUGUUUCAUAGAAUUCAAGUUUAAAUUAUUUGCCAAGCAAUAAUUAUUUUAAGAAGAGUUAUUUUUCGGAUAUUUAUAUGGUUUCCGUUCAAAGCAUAGCAAUAAUUAAUAUAAAGCUUUAUUAAUCGUGUUAGUUAUUUUUAGCAAUAAUAUAAUGUUUUAUGGAAUGUCAGUGAGAAAACUGUAAAUAUUGCCAAAAAAAGAAAACAUUGUAUUCAGUUUCAUGAAGAAUUCAGUUAUUUUAUAUGGACACGGUGAGGAACUUCAAUUGAACUUUUUUAGUCAUUGGUCGUAUAAAAAAGUGGUAUAGAAUUUUUUCAUUGUUUUUUCACGUUUUUUCACAAGUACUAUAACAAUGAAACUGCUUAGUAAAGCCCUUAAAUUAAGUAUUUCCGUCACAAACGUGCACAGUACGCGUCGCAAUAAGAUCGCUUGAUAAAAAAACAUUGCAUAAAUUUGGAACGUGAAUAGACGCCUGUCAAAACAAUUGCUAUUGUCACAUUUAUGAUACAAUCUAAAUACGAAUCUUACCGCCGUUUACAAUAAACGAUCUCAAUCUGAUCUUGAAAAUAAACCAAUUUAAAUAAGUCAAAUGGAAAUAUGUAAAAUAAUAAUUUUAUUCUGAUUAUCUUUUUUGGAUUAGGUCGGAAAAGCGAUUGGGAUUUUUUGUUGAAAUCUGCAGUUAUACGGUAAUUGCACUGAUGUCAUCGGAUCAUCUACCUCAUCUAGUAUUCCAUUCAUUAUAAGAAAUUUAUAUUUUUUUCUCAAAUUAACAAUAUUUUGCUUUGUUAUAAAAUAAGCAUAUUAAAUAGAUUGGAGUAGAAUUCUUUAUGAUAAUUCUCGGAAUUUAGAACAAGGAAUCUCUAUUAAACUUAAGGUCCAUACCUUAAUUUAAUUCGAUCACGUAAUCCUUAUUACUUAACAUCCACACACGUCAUGUAAAAAUAUUAUAGAUUUAAACAUAUGACGUGUAUGGACGUUUUAAAAUAUUCCGAAUAAUGUUCAUGGAGAAUACAUACUAUAGUGUGAAAUUAGUGGUGUCAGGAGACACAAGACCCAUAGAUUAUUUUUACGUCUCAAAAUCAUCAACAUAUCAUUAUCGCGCAUAAGUUACCAUUUUAUGUAGUCAAAAUUUUUUAGAGAAUUAUUUAAGUAAAGGGCUAGUUUUGGAAGUUUCAUUAUUUUUAUAUGAUGAAAUAAUUGACUUUCAUUCCGAUUUGAAGAUAAAAAAAAACAAAUAAUGUUUUUUCAUCACACUUUUAAUCAAAAAUGUAAAAAAUACAAGACUAACAAAAUAAGUCGCGUACGGUUUUUAAAAUAUAAAAACGCUUAUUUAUCUGAAUAUAAUGUGAAUAGAUUUAAGGCGUGUUAAGUCGCUUGUACAAUGACCGAGGUGGCGCGGCGUGCCUUCCCCAGGCAUGUUAUGGAACACCAAAAACUUUAAAUUAGAGUUUCACUAUAAGGAUAUAUACUCUUACUAGGUAAGUCUUUAAAUCUAGAGUAAGACUUACUUGUAAAAAAAUAAAUAUAACAUUUAUUGGAAAACCCAGUUAUGUACCUAAAAAAAAUUAAUGUUUAAUAAGAAAUCACAACGUUAUGGACAAUCGAUUUUAAUCUUAAUUCUAUCUUGAUAAUAAACCAAUAAAAGUAAGUUGAAAAAGGUUAUUCUGAUUAUUGCAUAGACGAAAGAAAAAGGAAUUUAAGAUUGUUGCAUAUUCGUAAUCAAUUGAAACAGAGUAAUUGGAGUCUUAUCUUGAAAAUGGCGGUGUAAACCAUGGACAAAGCGAUGCCACGAAGAUAUAAAGGCUGCGUUUCAUAAACACUAACGCUUUUGUAUUGUAUUCGUGUGUUUACAAAUCCUUCCUAUUUGACAUAAAAUUUAUAUCAAUAUUAUAGACUGUGUAAUUGAGCGAUUCAUUAAAAAUAUUCCUAUUUCCUACAUAAUAUACAGCUUAUUCUAAGAGAGUUUAUAAGGCCUUUACAAUGCCUCGGUCAGUGUAAAUAUUUCCUAAUAGUUCAUUGUAGCCGAUGAAUAGAAAAUAUAGAUUAGGAUAGAUUUGAUCAAAUAUGUAAUAAGCCCGAAUUGUGGCAUCCAGGCUUUAGCAAGGUUGUGCUUUCUACUUGACUAGCUUCCGGAAAGGACCUUAUAUCUUUUAUUAUGUCUACCAUGUCUACCAUAGGCCAAUGUGUCUAGGGUUAUCCACUGUAAGUAUAAUGUGUGAUAACUUCCUUUUAUUUUUUUUACUUAACAAGCACGUUUUACAGUAUUUUUUCUAUUACAAAUAUAUACGUAAUGUUUUUUUUUAAUGCACAAAUUUGUUCACGUGACAACCAUGGAAGCUUUAAUAGCGCAACUGAUCCUACGUCUCAGUUUAGAAACAGGGGCGUAGCAACCGCUGUAUCAGCCGUAUCAAUGAUACCCCCCGAGUUUUGAGAGCCUUCUUGGCCCAUACAUACUUUAAACUAUGCGGGCACCCAAAAGUUUACACUGCCCUGAAGAGCCCCCGACAAAUAUAGACAUAGUGCCCCUAUAUGGUUAGCUACGCUACUGAUUAGAAAACUACCUUUUUAACUGCCAAUGAUUGGUUUAAGCAAAUGUUAUUUACAAAUAAACAUAUACAACAGUUAUAGGUGAACAAUGCCUUGUCUCACUCCCUGUAUCAAAACAAACUAAUGUAUUAGUAUUACUAUCACAGAUGUAUAUAGACGUUUGUAAGAACAGUACAAACUGGUUAUAACGAUUAAAUAGAAAGGUCCCAAAAUACUAACCUAAAAAGGGUAUCGAUUAUAGCACUGUGUCUCAACCUUAUUUUACUCACUGUCCAGGUUAAAAAUAUGUUUUUUCCUUCUAUUUCGCACACGUCAUAAAAAUGAUUACAACGCCUUCAAUAUCAAAAAUUAAGCGAUAUGCCUGCCUGCCUUUUUACACUGCGUACAUCCGGUUUGUAAUAGCUCAGUGUCCCCCUAAUUUUGCUCCAGGUCUUCUGCUGACCCCCCCGCCCUUCGAAAUUCUCAAACGCCCCCAAGAGGCUGUUAUCGCCUACGUUGAGAACCUAUGGUCUCAAAUGACAACCGAAUAUAGAUUACAGAUUAUAUGGUUUUUACAAUGUCGUUAUAACAUGUUUGUACUAUAACAUAUAAUAUCUUGUAUUAAAUUAAAUAUCUUCAAUAUUAUGUAAGCAAUAAGCAAAUCCUGAAAAAUUGUAAAUGCAAUAAUAUGCCCUUAUAUACAAUUGAUUGAAACAUACUAACACGCGAGCAACAUGCUUGUUUCGAAAUUCGGAAAAAAAGAGAAAUAAGCUUUUUUUUCAAAAGUAUAAUUUGUGUAAAAGUUUUUGUUAUAUGUAAUGGUGGUAUAUUUGUACAUUUCUAAACGUGUAAUGACGUUCUGUAAUAAGGAAUUCAUGAAUUUGUUGAAUAGUAAUAUGUUUUCCUCAAUGUCUAAACAUUAUAAGUUGUUUAGCCUAAUUUUAAACUCCUAUAUUAAGAUUACGUACAUAUUAAAAAAUAUUUGUAUUUCUGAUCUUAUGAUAGUGCAAAUCAGAUAUAAAAAUAAACAAAUGUAUCAGUACAAAUAUUGAUUUGCAAAAUUACGUAUUUAAGUGCCUUUCAUGCAAAAAUAGCUAAAAUAAUAGUUGUAUUUUAGAGGUCAAGGUCAAGUAAUGUAUUUUUUUCAGUACAAAAUGUCUAGUAAAAAGUCCAAAAAUUAUUCAAUUUACAAUAUCAUUAAAUAACUCAACUGUUCGCCAUAUUUGUAACAACCAAUUAGAAUAACAAUACGCUAUCGGAUAAAUGGUAAGAAAGACCCAAUCAAAAUAACUCAUUGAACAAACUGUUCUGAUUGGUUCAUUUCCGCUGUCGAUGAUUAGCGGUUAGGUUUGAUUGAAAUCUUAAAAAAAUUGGAUACAAGAUUUCCCGGUUGGCAACGGAUUGGUUGUGCAUCUGGCACUGCAAAGUCUAUGGACAGCGGAUGCUACUUACCAACAAGCGAACCGCAAGCUCGUUUGCCUACUAAAGCAAUAAUUUUUUUCCUUUAUUUUUGACCGCAAUACUAAUUAUACUUGAACUAAUAAUUGAAUUAAGUUUUGUCUGUACGUUAUGACAAACCCAAGUUUUGUAACAGUAUGCAAUACCAAAUAUAAUUUGAUCGCACAUUAAAUAUUGUCUACCUCAGAUAACCAAUGCUUGUCAGUCAUAUUGACGAUGUAAUAAUUUUCGCAUAUCUUUUGGGUAAUUUUAACCGACUUCGGAGAAUGGGGAUACCUCAAUUUCUAUCUUUGUCUAUUGUAUUACUGCUGUAUUCACGCCACUUAAGUUUUGUUAUCAUGUUGCAGUUUCUGUAUGUAUUUCUCUUGUUAUCACACCCAAAGUAAAUUAACGACCAAAAUUUCUACAAAAUACGCUAAUAAUGAAAUGAAAAGCGGCUUUUGAUUUUCUCUAUUUCUAAUGAUGAAUAAAAUUAAGUGACAUUGUUAUUCUAAAAUACUAACUGUAGUGCGAACAAGGAUUUGAGGUUUCAUUAAACGUUGGUGAUUAGGGAAUUUCGACCUAAAAUAUGAGGUCGAACACAAGUUUUUGGGUAUAUUUUAUAAUCAUCAUUACCAAAUGUAAAAAAUCUAAUUUUAAAUCCUGUCACUAGAUGGCGGUAAAUCAUUAUGUCGCCAAUAAAGCAAUAAGAUUACUUAGCUUCCGCAAAACGAUCUGUGUUUUAUGAACAAAUGAUAUUAUUGUAAGUAGUAAUAUUUAAUAAGUGUUUUAAAAUAGUUUGCACUUUGUAACGCUAGCCUUGUGUGCUUGAGGACAAAAAAACAAAAUAUUUCAUCACUUUUGAUUAUUAUCUAUAUAUGUUUUUGAUAUUGCAUUGUGUGUCAAUCUUAAAGUUUCAACUAGCAAGUUCUUGCAGCUAUAUAUUGCGCAAGUACUUUCAGAUACAUUUACAAGAGCGGCGAUAUAACAAUUAUAUACAACCAACUUGAAAAUUUGUAAUUGUCUGGUUGCCAUGAUUGUUUUCAUGUUAAAAAUCGUUUGUGAAUUUCUCUGGUUAAUUUUAACUUGGUUACACUUUUUUGCCAAUAUAUUAUAAUCACUAGAAAUCUGCAUAGAUAGGCGCAAUUCAUUCACUUUGUACACAGGGUCAUUUUGACAUUUCGUUACUAAAUGAAACCACAUAGUCGUCUUUAGCUCUGCUAACAUUCUACCAAAAUCAUCCGGGAAUAACGAAUAUUUUUACCAAAAAUAACGGUUUAAGUGUUUGGUUUUUGUUUUUAUAAUUUUGUAGUAAGUGGAAAUUUGGUUUGUAUGAAAUAUUUCUGACUGAUGCUAUGAUCGCUCCUACAAAUUUUAUUCGCGUAGUAGUAGCCACGGGGCAUGUUAAAUUAAUUCUAUAUUUAUGGUUAAACUAACAUGGUAAAGUAAACUUUUCAAGGAUACAAUUAUAUGGUUUCAUAAUUAACGUGGUGUCAAAUGACCCUGUAUUUGUGACCCUAAUGCGAAAUAAUUUUAAACAUUAUAAAUAAUAGAUAUUGCGAGACAUGUCCAGGCAGACUGUAUUGAGAUAUUUACCACUUGAUAACCGUAUCUGUUGAAUGGAUUAUCUAUUUGUUGGUUUUUGACCUCAAGUUCACAAUAAAGCGAAGUCUUAUGAAGCACGCGUUGUGCCGAUGUGGCGUGUGAUGUGAGUGCGCAUGCGACGCGACCAUGUGAUAUAUUUAAUGAGAUUACGUUGCUAACAUUUGUUAUUUUGUUUAAUUAUAUUAGUGCGACUAA